CUCUUUGAGCUCUAAAAGGGAAUCCAUGGCAGCACUUACUGGUUUGGCAAGAGAGGUGGAACUCAAGCUCAUGUGUUAUAUGGCCUUUCUUGUCAUCUCGUGCAUUGUCCAUGCAUGAUGUGAUGGCCUUUGAGGAGGUGCUCGACUUCGGAUAGGACCGGGACUUCCUUUUUGGUCUCCAUUAUGCGAAAGUCGAAGUCGGGAGAUCCUUUGGCAUGGUAUAUCCAGCCGUCAAGUCAUGUAACUCUGUUACAUAUCCGACUACCAGGUGGCGACUUAUUGAUGGAGCCAUUUUUGAAGAGAUUUUUUCCACAAGUACUUCACAGGCACAACCAACAACCGGGCGAUCAAGACAAGAGCAACAAGUACUGCAUGUUUAACAGCCGAUGGGUGGCCUUCUAUGGUAUCUCCACUUUCGUGACGGGCCUCGCGGGUUGCCUUUUUGCUGCUGUUGUCAGCAAAAGAAUUGGAUACCGGAAAUUGAUUUUUUCCGGUACAGUGAUUUAUGCUAUUGGUGCGUGCCUGCAAACUGCUGCUCCCCAUGGAACCAUGCUUCAAGCCGGCCGCCUUGUGCAGGGACUCGGUUUCGGCUUCAUCAACCAGGCAGUGCCUCCGUAUUUGGCAGAAUUGUCACCAACGGGUCGCAGAGGAAUGAUGAUUGGCGCCGUCCAAUUGUUUGCAAAGAUUGGAGCUUUUCUGACUAACCUCAUGAACUAUUUCAUAAUCAAGAGAGCAAAGGAAGGCGACGGUGGCUGGAGGAUGUCUCUAUCCGUAAUGUCUCUUCCAAUUGCAUGGGCAUUAUGUCUUGCCUCUAUAUGCUUCCUCCCGGACACACCGCAUAGACUUAUCCAUGCAGCUAAUGAUGACAAAGGAGCAGAGCAUGUACUACGACGUGUACGAGGAACCUACGAUGUUAGGGAGGAGUUGCAUGCCAUCAUUGGGGCAGGCCCCAUGUCGGAGAUCACCCUUAUUAGAUCGAUGAAGCUCCUCAAAAAGAAGAAGUACAUCCCAGUACUCAUCACGGGGAUGCUGAUCCCAAUAUUCACGCAGCUCACGGGGGUAAACAUGCUUGGCCCCAUCAUGUUUCGAGCUAUCGGAUUCCGCCAAGAAGAUGCUCUCGGCAUUGAGACCAUCAACUGCUUGUUGAGUCUUAUGUCAACAAUUGUCGUGAUGUACUACGUGGACAAGGCGGGACGGAGGGUAUGGCUUAUCUCUGGGGGCGUUAUGAUGUCAAUCUCACUGAUUAUGCUCGGGGUGAUCGUGAAGGCUGAGCUGGGAAAAGUUCCAUCCUUCGUGAUGAUACUCGUGUUUGUGAUAGGUUUCGGGGCAUCAUGGGGCCCAUUGGGAGUGUUAAUCACGACCGAGAUAUACCCAUCAGAGAUCCGAUCGCUGGGGCUGGGCAUAUCAGUUGCGGCGAGCUUCAUCUCAUCCGGGUUGACCAGUGGGUUUUACUUGCCGCUAUUGUGCUUCUUGGAGUAUUGGAUCUUCUUUGCAUUGGCUGGAGCUGUGGCACUUGUGACGUUAUACGUAUUCAUGUGCCUUCCAGAGACGAGUGGGAUCUCACUCGAGCAAAUGCCAAUGCUUCAAGUCUGGGGCAGUAACAGGUGCUGGAAGAUAUUCAUGGUCGACGAUGACGAGGAAAAUGAUGAGGAGUCGGCAACUGGCCCUAGUACUUCUGUUUCGACUACACCAUCAAAUAGCAGUCAAUUGUCUGAGGACACCUCCUAUGCAUCUUCUUCUUCUCUUCCCAAGCAUAUUGAACUGACCAGGAAUAAAUCGUAGUCACAAUGAAAGAGUGAGCCACAACAGGAAAACACGAGCAGGAAACUCUAUAGCUUCCUGGUUUGAGACAACGUGAUUGGUAAACUUUUCUUUUUUGCGGCGAGUUAAGGUUCGUGAGAUUUUGAUAUGGACACGACAGUUUGAAAGUUUUGAAUUUUGUUAGUCGAUGAAUUUUUAUAUUUUGAUAUGUUAUGGAUGUUUACAAAUUUAUAUUUUUUGGUAAUAAUGAGGCCGA